AUGCCAUUUGACUGUACAGGUCUAGCUGAUCUAUUGACGCGCUUCACACCAGUCCAGGACAGCGUGUUGCGCUAUCUCGACAUCGGGGAUAUCAUCGCACUCUCACGCGCCGCAAAGGCGUUUAGUGAUUAUGUGCGCCUGGUCGAGCGAACGCAGUUUAAUAUCAACGAAAAGCUGAAGGUGGUUGUGACAAGUCCGAACGCGUUUCGCUCGCUACAGGCGAAGCACAACAUCCUUAUCAGCGGAUCUUUUGCGUUCGGCUUCAUGCUGAGAAUACCGCUCAACUUCCGCUUGUUUGAUAUCCCUACGACUAUGCUGGACAGGCUCUUAGUGGAGAAAGGCCCACAUGCCGAGGCCCUGAGAUCGUUUCUCGAAAACGAUGGUUACAGGGUCAAGGACAGCUCCAUCCCAAACCACCCUUUCAUGGAACGCGAUACCGCCAGGGGCCGUCAAACCGUCUACAUUCGAGAGACGGAAUAUACGUCUCUCUUCAAAAUGUUGAACUUGGACUUGACUUGCGACGUCAACUUCGUUACCUGGAAUAAAGCAUACUCUGUGUUCCCAUACCAGACUUUCAUUCUGAAGCAAGGUCACCUACUUAGGGACAUGAAGCAUUGGGAACAUCUUCCACAGGAUCUGGCCAGAUGGAUGCGUGUUGGGUUUGACAUCGCCCCUUCCACUCUUCAGGAUGCGCUCCCUCCACAUGCGAGAACCGACUCUACUUCUACACUUCUGGGAAUCCGGUUGGUCGGUGAUAAGAAAUCCUGGGUUGUACCGCUAAAGACUGACUUGGUCGAGCCAUCGCCCUUCCCCGACCUUCUCAUCGACUAUGCUGGCUUUGAGGUGACUAGUUCCCUGAAGGACGAAGCCGAGACUCUGCUAGAUCCCUCAUCUCCUCCGUUCAACCAUUACACCAUUGAGAUGACGGUCGUCAAAAGCCUUGCAUUGCGCCAUCAGUAUGUUUUCCCCGACAAAGCUUACUCAGAGCAACACCGCUUUCGAGAUCGCACAAUCUUACAACUCUACACUCUAGGCGUUGCGAGGCGACCAUCGGGAUUUGCGCACAUCUUUGCUCAGACCAACCGUCCGAAUCUACGUGACAUUGCAGGAUUUGUACCACCGGAUAGGUGGAAGUAUUACGAUGACGAGAUGCUCAAGAUGUUAGAUAUGAGGUAUCCGGGGGCUAUUCAGGUAGCUCCAGGGGAAGUAGCGGAGAAGUAG